CCAUUCUCAUUCCAUCUUUCAUUUCUCUCCCUCUUUUCAUACCUUAGCCUCUUUUUCCUUCCCAAUCCUUAAAAAAAAUCAACACUUUUUUUAGUAUUUAUCACCUUAAUUUGAACUUUGAAACAUCCUAGUUAAGAAAAACAUCCUAGUUAUUAAGAUUAAGACAGAAACAUUAAUCAUGGCUGCAACAGUGUGUCAUCCUGGAUUACAGUUACAUCUUGAAACUCAACUUGUUGAGUCAAGAACAUUAAGAUUAAGGUUACCUUCUCCAAAACAAUCCAUUGAUUUAGCCUUCAAAUCUUGUUUCACUGAUUCAAACAUCAAAACUCAACAUCAUCGUGAAGAGAACAUCAACAUCAACAAAACAGAAACUUUUCAAACCAAGCCCAACAAUGGUGGUUGGAACUUCCUUGAUGCUCUUUCCAAUAUCUCACAAAAGACCUCCAUGAAAGAAACCACGACCACAGCCAGUUAUGUUCACCCUCAACAGAAACGUUCCUCUUUGGUUCUGAGUCCAAAGAGUCUUGAAAUGUGUACGGAGAAUCUUGGCAAUGAGAGUGGGACAGACAUUGUGGAAAACGACAUGUUGUUGUCUUUAAUGGGAAAAACCGAGGAAAGCCAACAACAACAACAACAACAACAACAACAACCUUGUCGUGAAGUUUUAGGUGGUUCUAAGAAAGCGAAAAUUCAGAAUUUUCCACCACCUUUGACAACGAUAAGAGGAUCGGAAUCUCUUCGUGUUAGACCUCACCGCGAAGAUGGAAGAUUAGUGAUUGAAGUCACUAAGGUCCCACCGAGAACUUCUUGCUUUGAAGCUGAUAGAAGCCAUGGCCGUCUUCGCCUUUGUUUUUCGACUAAUGAAACCCGGGAAGAAGAACAAGAAGAAGAAUUUGAAGAAGAAGAUGGUGAUGUUGUUGAUGAUGUUGAUGAUGUUAUAGAUGAAAAUGAAGAGCUACUCAAUGAAGAAGAAUUAUCUGAAAAUGAAAUUAUUAGAAAGGAAAUAAAAGAUAUUGAAGAAGAAAAAGAAGAAGCAGAGGAAGAAUUGUUAGAAGAAAGUGGAAUUGUUGUUGCAUGUGGAGAGAGUAAAGAUAGUGAAAGUGAUGUAAGAAUGAAAAAGUAUGAGAGAGUUAGAAAAUGCAAGGAAGGUGGUGGUGAGAGUGAAAACAAUGAGUCCAUUUGGAUGGCUGCUACUGCAUAAUUAAAAUUAUUAUGAUAUUUUAACAGCUAUUUAACUAUGUAUUAGUAAACAAUUAAAUAAGAAAACAAUUUAUGUAUAUUUGUCCUUUUUGGUAAAUUAAAUUCCUCUUGUUUUGAUCUCAUAAACUAUGGUUUUGGUUGGUAGUUAUUAUGGUUACUCUGUUUCAAAGAGGAUACACGUGCAGUGAUGCUGAUGCAAACAUCAAAACGGUGAAUGGAUAAGGGUAGUUUGUGUAUACUUCAUUAAGAAGUACC